AUGGUUGAUUCAUCGGAUUUUCGUUUCAUUCAACGGGACCCAAAUAUUCCAGCAAAGAAUCCAAGCCUUCCCAAGGAACAAUGGGAAGAGCUGAAGCCAAUGAUCUUGGAUCUCCUUGGCAAAGCAGUAUCCAUCGCGGACAUUCUACGACAACUUGAGCUCCGCCACAUCCAUGUGACGAGGAGUCAGCUCAACACCCAGAUGAAGAAAUGGGGUCUCAACAAAGACAACGUGCAGCUUCGUCCGGACGCUACGGUUCUUCCUCAACCCACGGACCAAGAACAUGCCCGGACGCAAGCUCCGAGUCCGGACACAGACGUUCUGUUGACCGACAACCAAGUGCCCGUUGACAGCGCUCUCACUGAUUUCGAGGCCUCCACUCUAAAACAAAUGGAAUCUCUGGAACUCGGGAUGGACUCAAUUGAUAUUCCUGAGGAUACGGAAGUACCUCGAUUUCUUUGUGGAUGUUCAGGAAAUCCCUUGGGCGAACCAGUUCCAGAUACCGUUGUGGACGCGCCAAUGGCUGGUGAGGUUGGGCGCUCAAUGCCGGCCUACCCUCCCUCCACUACGCUUUCACCCGGCAUCACAUCCGCAGGCAAAAUUCAGGCAUCUGGCUUGAAAUAUGAAGGAAUUAAUUUCCCUUCACUUGAAAUGCCUUCAUACGAAGUGACCGGCACGAAUCUGGAUCUUCAACAACGGCUUAGAGUGAUAUCUCUCUCCACGCCAGAAGGCUGCUCUUUUCUCGACAGGCUCAAUCACAUGGCCAGCUUACUUUUCACCAUGAGAAGCUAUGCGAAAGCCUUCGAGAUCUUCUUCAUUAGUACUUCGGCCCUGAACGACGUCAUGGGAAUGUAUGUCUGGACCAGUCGUUACUUUCUCUUCUCCGCCAUGAGCUGUGUCCGCUCUGCCUGGACUCUAGACCAGAAGACAGCAUCACAACUCCUGGUCAAGCGACUACAAGGUUGGAUGGAAAAGAUCCAGCGGCAUGAUGAUUGUGACUUUGUACGCUACGUGCGGAGCGUUCUUGAAAGCAGAGUGUAUAGAGAAGAGACCGAUACGCUUGCCGAGACGGCCUAUUGGACGGCUGGAUCUUCACUAUCUUGGAUAUGGCAUGGCAUGCCUCCCACGGAUUUUCAAACAAUCAUGAACUCCCCAUCAACCGCCCUUGAGUAUUUCUACGUUUCUGCAGCCGUCAGAAGAACAAUGCUCCAUGCUCUAUCCAUUAUAGAAGACUUACUGCCGCAACCAGAAUUCAAAUAUUUCCUUUCAAGUGCUUGGUUUCAGGACCACGGAGACAAUAGAUGGAUUGAUCUGGUACAGGUACAUAUCAUAAGCACUCUGACCUUGAAAUAUUCUGCCAGGUGGAGCUUAGAGACAUCUCACAUGCUUCGUCUCUUACAACCGUCACGAGGCAACCCAGAUUCCGACGACCGACUCUUGGGACAAGCUGUUCUGACGUUGACCUUCGUUCUUCUUUCACGCGCGAGGCAUCAAUUCCACGUCGUCGAAGCUAGUCCGGGCUCUUACACUGGAUCCGUCGACUCGCUUAAGCUUGAAUUAUUACGUCUUAAAAAAGAUUUGAACGCAAACCCAGGCAGCAGAAAUUACAAACAGUUUAUCGAUGAGUAUCUGCGAGCCGGUUCAGAAAGGGAUAAAACACGAUUUCUUGAUGACUUUGACUCUUGGACAUUCGAUAUUUGCGCUGCAACAAUGGCAGGCGCAAGUCUGAACAGAAAACCCCCCUUGGAAUCCCUUGUCAGGCGAGAUGAGCAGACAAUUAACCCAUCGGUGAUGGAUACAGGCCUCUUCGCACUAAGCCUCGAUCCUCCUCACCAGGAGCUUGAGAGCUCUCUUUCUAGAGACUCUUCACAAGGUCCCACGCUUGCCAGAUCUUUGGGGUCAUCGUCGCGUUCAUUUGCGCGGUUUCGGUCAGCCGCACGUUAUAGCCUCGCCAGCCCUUCCCAACAUUCCAUCCGCACAACGUCCACGGGCAUGCCAUCGGACCGAAUGAGCUGGCGAUUUAGCGUGGUGACAGGCAUGCCUUCGGACUCGUCGUUGUGA